GGUGCGCUGGGCACGAGGGGCCGGGGCCGGGGCCGGGGCCGGGCGGGGAGCGCCCGGCGGGCGCCAUGGAGGGGCUUCGGCGGGGCCUGUCGCGCUGGAAGCGCUACCACAUCAAAGUGCACCUGGCGGACGAGGCGCUGCUGCUGCCGCUCACGGUGCGGCCGCGCGACACGCUCAGCGACCUGCGCGCCCAGCUGGUGGGCCAGGGCGUGAGCUCCUGGAAGCGCACCUUCUACUACAACGCGCGGCGGCUGGACGACCACCAGACGGUGCGCGACGUGCGCCUGCAGGACGGCUCGGUGCUGCUGCUCGUCAGCGACCCCAGGUAGUCCGGGUUGGAGGAGGUGGAGCCAUGACCGAGGGGACCGAAGAUGCUGGCUGAAGGAGCAGGCUGGGGUGGGGGACACCUUCGGGAGGUCCUGGGCUCCUAGAACACUGCCCUGACCAGCUGAUGCCACUGCCGGGGACACUCCUGAUGGAGCCCCACUCCCUGACACUGAACUAGGACAUUGUCGCCCCAGCCCAGCCCAUCAGGUUGGACUGUGUGCCCCUGAGGCCAUGCAGCAGGAACCACGGUGCCAGCGUGGGCAGCCAAGGGAUAGCGUGUGAAGGAAGCAGAGGGGAAAGGCGAGGGAACCAGGCAGCACCUCUCCCACCUUGUACAUUCUCGUGGCCACACUUUGCCCAAGCUGUGCCCCUUCCACACCCCUCUCUGCGGCUCCAGCCCACCUGGAAUUCCAGCCUCCUCCAGGAAGUCUUCUCGGAUGCCCUCCUGCCCAGCCAGUGAGCACCGCAUCCUCUUGUGGGUCCCCACAAGCCCCUCUCCUGUGAACAGCCUUGGCUGUGGGGUAUAGCCAGUCGCUCAGGAAAUCUCAAAUGACUGAAGGUGGAGACUGGGGGACCCAGCCCUCUCCCAGUUCUCCAGCGUCGUUCUGUGCUCUACCCUUUUCCCCAAAUACCUCCUCUCGUGGCAUCUGUGCCCGCCCCUUGGAGUGCCCUCCCUUAAUGCCUUGCCCCUUGCCUCCUGCAUGGGGGGUUUCCUGGUUGGGUCUGAAGGACUCUGGUGGAGUAGGCAGAGAUCUGGGGGCCCCUGUGCCUGGUAGAGCACUGAGGCUUGGAUGGUAAUCUCCCCCCUCCCCAUCCCACUCAUUUUUAUUGUGACAAUAAAGCACGUUUUUGCGCGGU